AUGGCACUCAAUGCUAAAAAUAAGCUCGGAUUUGUUGAUGGUUCUCUUCAGCAGCCCGCCUCCGUUGAUCCCACCACUAGUAUUUGGUCUCGGUGCAAUAGUAUGAUGACCUCUUGGUUGCUUAAUACUGUCUCCAAGGAGAUUGCUAACAGUCUUCUUUACCUUGACAGCGCUCACGCGGUUUGGGCUGAUCUCCAUGAACGAUUUCGUCAGAGUAAUGCUCCAUGCAUUUUUCAGAUCAAACAACAGCUUCAUGGUCUAUCACAGGGCUCUCUGGAUCUCAACACUUAUUUCACUCGACUGAAAAUUCUUUGGGAUGAACUUAAGAAUUUUCAACCCGUUCCCGUUUAUCAAUGUGGAGGUAUGGAGGCAUGGAUGGAUUAUCAAGAACAGGAGCAUGUGAUGCAAUUUUUCAUGGGUCUCAAUGACUCAUAUUCUGGGACAAGAGGCCAAAUCUUAAUACUAGAUCCUUUGCCCUCUGUUGCAAAGGUGUUCAAUCUGGUCGUUCAGGAGGAACGACAAUGUACCAUCGGCUCCAUUCCCACUGCUCUAAGGGAUUCUUUAGUCUUUAGCGUCCCUUCAUCAUAA